GAAGAAGAUGCCCUUUCGUAGCUCUGUAUCUUUCCCAAAAAAUAUUCAUCCCUUUUGACUAAAAACUUUCUCCAAUUCCCUUCACUUAUAUCCUUGUUUCAUCAUCAUCAUCUCUCUCUCUUUAUCCCCAAUUCAGGAACUCAAAUUCACUUCUACUUCACUGCGUUCUCAAAAUUCAUUUCAACUUUUUAAAAAAGUCUUUACCUUUUUUAUUUUAAUGUUCGAUUUUGAGGGAGAAAGGAUCAAACUUUAUACUUCCUGAGAAAUUGGGUUUCUGAAAUUUCUCUUCUUUCAAUCAGUUUCCAUGUUCUGGGUCUGAUCUGAGAUUGGUUUUCGUAUGGAUGUGAUCAGAGGGAGUAGUGAUCUGAUUCUUAGGGUUUAAUUGAAGUGGUGGACUUCUCUUGAUUUUUGUUCUGAGUGGAGAUUAGGGUUAGUUCAUAAGGGGAUGAUGGCUACAGGGCAAGACUCUGUUAAGGUGGUGGGUGUGGAGAAACCUGGAAAGGGGAAGACUUUGAGUAAACCUGAAAGUGGGUUUUGGUUCAGAAUCAAGCUCAUCUUCAGCUGCAUCUCUUCUAGAUCAAAAGUUGAUAGUUCCCUGAAUGCCACCACUACUGUUGUUGCAACAGCACCUAAGCAUGUUAUUGAGAAGCGUGAAGAUCAUCACCCACCUCCGUCUAAAGACGUUAGCCGUCCGGGGAGUGGCUCCUCAACACCUCUGAUCAGUGGGGAGCUGAAAUACUCAUCCAAGCUAAGGAUAUUCAUGUUUAACGACCUCAAGCUAGCCACUAGGAACUUCAGACCGGAGUCUCUUCUCGGUGAAGGUGGGUUUGGUUGUGUUUUCAAAGGAUGGAUUGAGGAAAACGGAACGGCUCCGGUCAAACCUGGUACUGGUCUAACUGUGGCAGUCAAAACACUGAACCCAGAUGGCCUUCAAGGGCACAAGGAGUGGCUGGCUGAGAUUAACUUUCUUGGUAACCUAGUCCACCCAAGCCUGGUUAAAUUGGUGGGAUAUUGCAUGGAAGAAGAUCAGAGGCUGCUUGUUUAUGAGUUCAUGCCUCGAGGGAGUCUUGAGAAUCAUCUUUUCAGAAGGACAUUACCUCUCCCUUGGUCUGUGAGAAUGAAAAUUGCGCUUGGUGCAGCUAAAGGUCUUGCCUUUCUCCAUGAGGAAGCUGAGAAGCCUGUCAUUUACCGCGAUUUCAAAACAUCUAACAUCUUACUUGACGCGGAAUAUAACUCAAAGCUCUCUGAUUUUGGGCUAGCUAAAGAUGCACCAGACGAGAAGAAAUCGCAUGUGUCAACCAGAGUCAUGGGAACAUAUGGUUAUGCAGCUCCUGAAUAUGUAAUGACUGGACAUUUGACAACGAAGAGUGAUGUAUACAGCUUUGGAGUAGUUCUACUUGAGAUACUAACUGGACGAAGAGCCGUGGAUAAAAGCCGUCCCAACGGUGAACAGAACUUGGUGGAAUGGGUGAAACCUCAUCUUCUAGACAAAAAGAAGUUUUACAGACUGUUAGAUCCUCGCUUAGAGGGUCAUUUCUCGAUCAAGGGAGCUCAGAAAGCCACGCAAGUAGCCGCACAGUGUCUUAACAGAGACUCUAAAGCUAGACCGAAGAUGAGCGAAGUUGUGGAAGCGUUAAAGCCGUUGCCAAGUCUUAAAGACUUUGCUAGCUCUUCUACGUCUUUCCAGACGAUGCAGCCUGUUGCCAAGAACGGUGUUAGGACACAGGGAGGAGGAGGGUUCGUGUCGAGAAAUGGACAGCAGCCUUUGAGGAGUUUGUCUAGUUUAAACCUGCCUCAAGCUUCUCCUUAUCGGAAUGCGAGGCAAUCACCAAAGCCUAAUAAAGGGAAAGAGCAAUGACUCAAGUAUAGGAAUUAGUUUGUUUGACCCGGAUUGAAGCUGGAUGUUCCAGGCUUCCAGGCUUCAUGUUGCAUCGAUUCUUUCUUGGUUCAAGAACAAAAAGAAAUGGUCUGUGGAUGGAUCCUGGUUUGUGUUCUUUGAGUGGAUGGAACUCAGGAAAAAAAUAUAUAUCUUUGGUCCUGAAGGUCUAAAGAUUUUGAUGUGUGUGUGUUUUUAAUGUGUAGAAGAAAUGUAAAGGUUGAGAGUGUAAAGUUCUUGCAAGGAUAUAUAAAACCUGUUUGUCUGUAAAAACAUAUGUUUACCCCCUGUAAUAUAUGUGUCCUGCUAUGUAUUGAAUUUUAAUUUUUGAACA